CCUCCGCCUCAGUCUGACAGUGAUAGUCAUAGAGUCGGGUCUUAACCAAGCUAACGUUAGUCGACCGCAGACUUGACCUGGUCUGGGAGCUUUUUAGCCCACCGGCGCCUCCAAAUCACCCACCUCGGCUUCUUCCUUUUCGACUCCGUCUCCUUGCUCCUUGUCUGAAUUAUCAUACCUUAAUAACUAUUAGUGAUCCGUGGGUUCCGAUCUGCGGUUUACCCCAACCAACAAAAUAUUCUUCACUCCACAGCUCCGGCUUCAGCUCCAGCUCCAGCUCCAGCUCCCACUCUCCGUAUCGCACAGAUGAUCUCACAGUGACUGAGACUCUCACAGCCCAGCCUAUCGCACUAUAACGGUUGAUUUGUCGCAUUCCAACUCUCGUGUCGCAAGGCGACGACUCAUUACCUCUGAAUUGACCCACGGGACUGCCGCUUUGCGAACCUCGAAACGCGAUACUCCCACUUCAACCGACUGCUCUAAUCAGAAAACCCUCCCACUACGAACAGGAUGGACCAUAUGGGCUUUCAGGUCCCGGGCAUGGCCCCGCCGAUCAUGAAUCAGCCGCCACAGGUUUUUGGUGGCUACGAUGGCAUACCGCAGUUGCCCCCAGAGAUUGCUGCGCAGAUGUUCAAUGAUUCGGCUAUGUUGCUUGAAGAUGCAAACGACCCCAAGAGAAGGAGGAUUGCUAGGGUAUGGGACCUAAGAUAGACCCCCGGCGCAGCCGGCUUUAGAGAGUAUUGUGUGCUGAUCGGAACUCCAACAGGCCUGUGAUAUGUGCCGGAAGAAAAAGAUCAAGUGUGAUGGCAAGAUGCCUUCUUGUACUCACUGUAUCAACUAUAAGACCGAGUGUGUCUUCACGCAAGUUGAGAAGAAGCGUGCUCCUCCUAAAGGUGCCAAGUAUAUCGAGGGGCUCGAGAACCGGCUGAACCGUAUGGAGCAUCUUUUGAGACUUUCUGGCCUCCUUGACGAAGAUGAUGAUGACCUUGGCGCGUUAGAGAAAAGGUUACUGGAAAGACAAGAGAAGUCGAGACAGGUGUCAAUGCCUGUGGUAUCCAACCCUAAUUCACCAUCUCAAUCGACAUCCGGCCCAUCGGCUGCCGCAGAUGGCGGCGAGAUGACCCCUCAAAGUUCACUUACCUCGCCCAAGGAUGAUAAACGCAAAUCAGCAACACCAGCUCCCUCGACAGCUCCAUCAACAGCUCCGGCACCAGCUGCUAAUGUGGAUGAUAUCAAAAAGGAAGAUCAGGAAGAAGUGGAGGCUCUUUCAGAGUUGAUGUGUUCUUUAGUAACAAAUAAUUUUGGAGAGACCAGAUACAUUGGAUCGUCAUCUGGCUUCUCCAUAUUUUCACCAAAGGGAGUGUCGUGGGUGAAUUCGAAAACAGGGGAUGAUUCCUUUCAACGGACCAUAUCAGAUAUAUCUGUCGAUGACCACAAAUGGACUAAUUGGAAACCUGAAGUCUUUGGUGACUUAUUCCAACGGCCGAUCUUCCGGCCUCUGCCCCCCAAACCUGAGGCACUUUCACUUCUCCAGGACUUCUUUGACAACUUCAAUUGCAUCUUCCCUCUAUUUCAUCGGCCGACAUUCAUGCACCUAGUACAUCUUCAAUACUCAUCAGACCCUUACCAAGGCUCUGGAUGGUGGGCCAGUCUCAACUGUGCGCUCGCGAUUGCCCAUCGUUUGCGAGUUAUGAGCAAUCUGGUACCACAGGAUGAGGACGAAAAGGCAUGGGGUCACUUGAAGAAUGCCAUCGGAGUAUUUCCCGAGCUGACCAUGCGCAACACCGAUUUGUUGAGUGUUCAAGCCCUCCUUGGUAUGGCUUUGUUCUUGCAAGGAACGCCAAACCCUCAGCCCACUUUGCUACUAGUCUCAGCAGCCAUGCGCCUGGCACACAGUAUCGGUCUCCAUAAGCGCGGGACUGGUUUCAACCUGAACCCUAUAGAGAUCGAGCAACGGAAAAGAGUCUUCUGGAUCGCAUAUAUGUUAGACAAAGAUCUCUGCCUCCGAGCGGGUCGUCCACCUGCCCAGGACGAUGACGACAUGAACGUUGAGCUUCCGGAUGCUGACCCGGAGGACAACAUUGGCAAUAUCCCCUUGGCAGAUGGCAAGGGUAAGAUGAAUCUCUUCCGGGUUAUGUGUGAGUUUGCCACUAUAGAGAGUGAAGUAUAUAAGAGGCUGUACUCUGUUCAAGCUACAAAGCAAUCAGAUGGUGAACUACUCCACACCAUCGGCGAGCUGGAUCACAAGUUGGAAGAAUGGAAGGAUCGCAUCCCGAUUGACUAUCGGCCCGAGCACGACAUCAAUGCCUCGCACACUCCUCUGAUUCUUCACGUUGUCAUGUUGCAUCUUACCUAUUAUAACUGCCUGACAACCAUUCACCGCAUGUCAGUUGCCCAUGGACUCUGGACCAGCCGACUGGCCAAUUAUGCCAUUCAGGGUCUCAAUGCCCGACCACUAAACCCGCGGGUGUUUUCUUCUGCAGCACUAUGCACGGCUGCAGCCCGAGCUUCAGUCUCGUUGCUAAAAUAUGUGCCUCAAGGCGAUUUUGCCUGCGUUUGGAUGAUUCUCUAUUUUCCUGUUUCUGCACUGGUGACGCUGUUUGGAAAUAUCUUACAGAACCCACUCGAUCCCCGAGCAAAGUCAGACACUCGACUCAUGAACAUUGUGGUAACCUUCCUCUCCAUGCUUGGACAGGAGGCUGAACAGGGCGGUGUGCAUCGAAUGCUCGGUAUAUGUGCCGAGUUUGAGCGUAUAGCCAAGGCUGUAAUCGACAAGGCUGAAAAAGAACAGUCUUCUCGACGCAAGCGUAAGAACCACGAUACCAAUAAAUCAUCUACCAACGCUACUACGGCCACGGCUCGACAGCCUAGCACUGCAGAACCAGCAACAACUACUUCAGCGUCUUCUAAUUCUCAGAGAAGAUCAUCACAAGCCCAGUUAUCGCCUCCCCAGAACGGUGCCUCAAUGGGACAGUUCUCCAUGGGUAGUCCAAUGAACGACCCUUCUCCUUCGGCAAUGUCAGCUGGCUGGCCUCAAGAGUUCCCGGUGCCUCAGUCGGGCGACUUUGACUCAAUGAAUUAUGGCGACACAAACAUGAAUUCAUCCCCGCAGAUUCCAGUAGCAGCAUUCCAGCAGCCGCUUCUUCCGCAAGACCUCUUUUCUUUGCCAAUGACGCUAGAUUGGAGCUGGGCUGAGAUGACUACUGGCGCAUACCCAACAGUCGAGAACGGCAACUUUGGAGAGGACUGUAACAAUUGUUGAAAGAUAUGAGCGCAGCGGGUGGCAAUUCAUUCUAAGGUGCAUGUAGACCAUGGGGUGAGAGGAUGUAAUGGCUGGAUAUAACGAGAUAUGCGCAAUGAUACUACAUACAAGGCUUGGAAGAUGAGCGAGUAUCGGUUUUUGUCCCUUUCAAGUAACUAUCUAGAUUUGUUUUUUUUAUUUGCGCGGGAUACAUACGAAGAUUAGCAAGCGAUAAGUGUCAAUGGUCAAAUAUCUUUGCGUAUGGUCAACCGGAUGAGACACGACCCCUGGCUGGAAGCUUGGCCCAUCCUCCGCACUCCCGUCGCCCUCUAAGUUGAGGUCUUCUUCCUUCUUAUCACCCUCUGCAUCGUAACUGAAGAUAUUUCUACGGAGUAAGUGAUCUAAGUUUUGCUACUACCGGUGAGUCGUCUUUUUGAGUUUCUUCUUUCCCCCUUUUUUAGUAUUGAUGAUGAGGCCCCAAUCUGUACCAAGAUGAGCGUUGAUUAUUGCGGUUCGCGUGGAAAUGUUGCUACCUCCUCGUCCUUUCCCGGAUCUCGCCUUUGAUAAAACCGUUUAGCUCUUCGAUGUCUUCUUUACAUAAAACCCCACGGUAGCGCCGUAGCUGUAUCUGUUUUGUCGACAGCAUGCUGUUACCUGAGAGGCC